CUUCCCCGUUUUAAAGAAGCUCUUCAAUAUAUUUAUUUCUGCUUUUUAACUUGUCAUCAUAGUUUCUCUUCCCCUAUGGCUCACUCGGUUGAGAUGCUUGGUCAAGAAUGCUUUGAUUUGAAAAACAAGGCUAUUGCUCAUCUCCAUGAUUAUUCCUUCAUGGAUGAAAUCCCCACAAUUGAUUACUCUUUGUUGUUUUCCAAGGAUCAUAAUGAACGGGCUAACUCCUUGGAACACCUUGGAAAAGCAUGCCAAGAUUUCGGUUGCUUUUAUCUGAUAAAUGGUGUUGAAGAAAGGGUGAUAGAAGGAGCACUGAAGGGUAUUUCAGAUUACUUUGAGCUGACAAAUCAGGAGGAGAGGAGUGAGUACUUAAAGAAGAAUUCAAUGGAUAGGAUAAGGUGGUAUUUAAGAUCUGAUGCUGGGGAAAACAGAGAGAAUCUAAAGAUAGUAACACACCCUGAAUAUCAUUGCCCUAGCAAACCUGAUAGUUGCAAAGAUGCCAUUGGAGAAUACUCGAAAGGGAUGCAUGAGGUUGAACUUGGUUUAGCUAAAGCAAUCUCGACAACUUUGGGAUAUGAAGAAACCUACAUCGAGAAGGAAUUCAAGCUGGAGGCAGGAUUCGACGUGGCUACCUUGAAUCCACCAUCUUUACAAUCCAAAGGUUCUACUGGUUUGGCGGAACAUACGGACCCGGGCUUUUUUGUUUCUCUUAUACAAGAUGUUAACGGGGGACUUCAAGUGCUCUCUCAUCAAGGAAAUUGGAUCACUGUUAACAUACCCCGAAACACCAUUUUCAUCGGUAUUGGGGAUCAUCUUGAGAUAUUAACCAAUGGGAAGUACAAGAGUCAUAUACAUCAAGUGAUCUUGGAUAACAACGAAGUGAAAAGAAUCUCAAUGGCAACACUUCAUGGACCUUCAUUGGACACAUUUGUAGCCCCAGCACCGGGGUUCAUCAAUGACUCUCACCCACCAACCUACCGAGGGAUGACCUACAAGGAAUCCUUGGAGCUCAAUGGUUUUGAUGAAAUCGAUGUGCAGUCAUCCCUUAUUCAGCUUCAAAUGCCACUCUCUCUCUAAUUUCAUGCAUGGUGUUGUAUUUCUAUAAUUGCCUUUUGAGUGUUUUUGAGAUAAAAGUAAAUAAAGAACUAUGCUUGUUUUCGUCAUUGUAAUCAAGUAUUUGUGUGAUGGAAUUACUUUGUCACACCCAAAAAUUAGGUUAGAAGAAUCGGGUUUGUGAUAACUGAAAGUGGUCACGCCCCGAGUUAUAAGGUUAUUAUCGUGCGUUUGUUAAAUAAAAAAGUUAUUGGUCUAG